AGGCGGAGCGAGCGGACUGGACGAGGUGCGCGCUGUGCGGCGGUUCCCGAGCAUGCUCCGCUGGGUCCGCGCCUGGGGGCUCCCCCACAGGGGGCUCGGUCCCCCCAGUCUCAGCUUCUCUGGGGUGCCCGUCGCGCCCAGCAGCAGCAGCAGCGGCCGAGGCGGCGCCGAGCCGAGGCCGGUGCCGCUUUCCUACAAGCUUCUGGACGGGGAGGCGGCCCGCCCGGCCCUCGUCUUUCUGCACGGGCUCUUCGGCUGCAAAACCAACUUCAACUCUGUCGCCAAGGCCCUGGCCCAGCAGACAGGCCGAAGGGUGCUGACAGUGGAUGCUCGGAACCAUGGUGAUAGCCCCCACAGCUCAGACAUGAGCUAUGAGGCCAUGAGCCAGGACCUGCAGGACCUCCUUCCCCAGCUGGACUUAGUGCCCUGCGUCCUCAUUGGUCACAGCAUGGGAGGCAAGACAGCCAUGCUGCUGGCACUACAGAGGCCAGAGCUGGUGGAACGCCUGAUUGCCGUGGACAUCAGCCCAGUGGAGACCACAUCUAGCUCAGACUUCCCAACCUACGUGGCAGCCAUGAGGGCCAUAGACAUCCCGGAUGAGGUGUCCCGCUCCUGUGCCCGCAAACUGGCCAGUGAGCAGCUCAGCACUGUCAUCCAGGACAUGGCUGUGCGACAGUUCCUGCUGACCAACCUGGUGGAGGUGGACGGGCGCUUCGUGUGGAGGGUGAACUUGGAUGCCUUGGCCCAGCAUGUGGACAAGAUCAUGGCCUUCCCACCACAACAAGAAUCCUAUUCUGGGCCAACCCUCUUCCUCCUUGGUGGAAAUUCUCAAUUUGUGCCGCCCAGCCACCACUCUGAGAUUAGGCGGCUCUUCCCUCGGGCCCAGAUGCAGACCGUGCCUAACGCUGGGCACUGGAUCCACGCCGACCGCCCGCAGGACUUCCUGGCUGCCAUUCGAGGCUUCCUGGCCUGAGGGUUGCUGGCCAGAGGGGACACAAAACCGCAGGCUUCAAGGCCCUGUUGCCUGCUCCACGUUUCUGCACAGAAGGACUCAGGCGGGCACAGAGGGCAUGAGGGUACAGAGGUGGUCAGACCUCAAGCUUUAAUGAAUAAAGACACUGCUCCCAAGG